AUGAAGAUCCUAUAUCUGCUCUUUUCUCUUCUCUUCUUGGCACUCCAGGUUUCUCCAGGUUUAUCUUCACCCCGACGGGACAUGUUUUUCUGUAAAAGGAGCAACUGUCACUCUGGAAGAUGUCCCAUCCAUCUGGUUAGAGUUGGAAGUUGUUUUGGAUUCGGCUCCUGCUGCAAAUCGUAA